AACAAUAUUCUUUUGAUCUAACACCUAUAUAUAAUUUUCCCCUCUACACUAACCAUGGCAAUGAAAAUUGAUUCGAUGAGUAUUUUAAUUACACUAUUCUUUGUAAUUAGCAUGUUUAACUCUCAAACAACAGCUCGCAGCCAGCCAAAACUAUCCGUGUCUGAGAGACACGAACAGUGGAUGUCACGUCAUGGACGCGUUUACAAGGACGAAGUAGAAAAAGGAGAACGAUUCAUGAUUUUCAAAGAAAACAUGAAAUUCAUUGAGUCGAUCAAUAAGGCAGGGAAUCUGUCUUACAAGUUAGGGAUCAAUGAAUUUGCAGAUAUUACUUCAGAAGAGUUUUUGGCUAAAUUUACUGGAUUAAACGUACCUUCAUAUCUUUCACCUUCUCCAAUGUCAUCAACGGAAUUUAAGAUUAAUGAUCUUAGUGAUGAUGACAUGCCGUCUAACUUGGACUGGAGAGAGUCUGGGGCUGUCACUCAAGUGAAGAAUCAAGGUCAAUGUGGAUGUUGCUGGGCGUUUUCUGCGAUUGGAUCACUAGAAGGAGCUUACAAAAUUGCAACAGGCAACUUGAUGGAAUUCUCUGAACAAGAACUUCUCGAUUGCACCACCACCAACAAUUUUGGCUGCAAUGGAGGUUUCAUGACGAAUGCAUUCGAUUUCAUCAUAGAAAAUGGUGGAAUUUCAAUUGAAUCAGAUUAUGAAUACCAAGGUAAACAAUACACAUGCAGAAGCCAAGAGAAAACAGCAGCAGUGCAAAUAAGUAGUUAUCAAGUCGUGCCUGCAGAUGAAACAUCACUAUUACAAGCCGUAACUAAACAACCAGUGUCAAUUGGAAUUGCUGCUAGCCAAGAAUUACAAUUUUACGCCGGAGGAACUUAUCAGGGAAGCUGUGCCGAUCAAAUUAACCAUGCUGUUACGGCGAUAGGAUAUGGAACUGAUGAGCAAGGUCAGAAAUAUUGGUUGUUGAAGAAUUCAUGGGGAACAACUUGGGGUGAGAAUGGAUUUAUGAAAAUUAUAAGAGAUUCUGGGAAUCCUGGAGGUCUUUGUGAUAUCGCCAAGAUGUCUUCUUAUCCAAACAUAGCAUAGAUAAGCAAGCAUUCUAUAUGUUUUAAUUUCUUAUAUGUUAAGUUGUUGUAUUAAGAAUUGAAAAAAAUAUUGAUUGUAUACAUGCAAAAGCUUUUUGCAUGUAGUAUUUGUGUCUUUGUAUCCAUUGGAACUUUAUGAAGUUAUUAAAAA